UCUCUCUUUAAUUCAAACACACAAACCAGAGGGGCUUUAAUGAAUACAGCGAUGAAAAGACAGUUUCCCCCACUCAGAGUUUAAACUCCCUCCGGGUUCUCUCCUGUCUCCCCGUUGACACUGGUCAACCUCCUAACUCCUCCAUCAAUCAAUGAUCCCGAUUGUUCUUCUCAUCUCUUACUCCUCCGUCUCUUGACCCUCAUCCCUCCUCAUCGUUUAGGUUCACCUUUAUCCACAAUAUGCAAUUAACCUGUCUAAAUCCAUAUUAUGCCACCAGCAGCAGACACCGACCAAUCUCCGAACUCCUCCAUCAAUCAAUGACCCCGAUUUCUCCUCUCAUCCUUUACCCCUUCAUCACUCCACCCUCAACCUUAACCCCUCCAAUCCAUCUACCUUCAUCUCAACCCACACCCCGUCAUCCUUCAACCAUUAUUCCUUCAUCCUUCAACAUUUAUCACUUCAUCCCUUCAUUCUUCGAACCUCAGCUCUUCAUCCCUUCAUCCCUCAUACAGUACAUCAUAUCGUUCACCUUCAUCCACAACAUGAAAUAAACUUAUGUACAUUUAAAUCCAUGUUGGUCCUCGCUAGUCAAAGGAUCAUCUAAACACUAGGUGGCAGCAGAGAGACGUUUUGAUCAACUGGUCUCGUACAAAAACAAAUUAUUUACGCUUUGUCAACUCCAGCCAGUCAGUCCCCUCCAUAUACUUGGAUGUUUAUUUGUCCUUUUAAAAGUGACUAGGAAGCCUCACGCACAGAGGAGCCUCCCAUUACGCACGAAACUGAUAGACGCAUCAAACCUACACCUCAACCCCGCCACCACCACCAUUGUUUUUAGACUGUCAGAGCUGGGAGCAGUGAUGUUAGAUGAGGAGAAAAGAGAGGAGGGGAGAUGACAGGAGGGUGGGGUGGAUUCAGACGGAGGAGUUGGGGUGGCAUCUUGUACUUAUCAGUAAUGUGGUGCUCCAAGAUCCAGCUGUAUUCGGACAUGUCUUCACUGAUUAGAGUUUGAAGUGUCCAUCCUUGAGCUGCUGACAUUAUGGAUGAAGACAAUGAAAGCGUUUGUCUGAACAGGUCACUGGUGGAGAUGGACAGCUUUAGCAACCUGGAGGACAUCGACGUGACAGCUGACGGGAGCCCGAUUCUGAGGUUCCUCAUCUGCCUUGUUUAUUCUGUCGUCUGCGCUGCGGGUCUGAUUGGCAACCUGCUGGUGCUCUUCUUCAUCAGGGUCAAACAAGAGAGGAAGAAGUCCAGAGUUAACUUCUUCGUGCUUAACUUGGCGUUAACGGACUUGCAGUUCGUGCUCACUCUGCCCUUCUGGGCUGUGGACACCGCGCUGGACUUCAGCUGGCCGUUUGGAGACGCCAUGUGCAAAAUCAUCCUCUCGGUCACCGUGAUGAACAUGUACGCCAGCGUGUUUUUUCUCACUGCCAUGAGUGUGACCCGCUACUGCUCAGUCGCCUCGUCUCUGAAGAACAGAUCCGUGCAUAAGUCCUGUUCCUCCAAGUGGAUCUGCGCAAUUAUUUGGACACUGGCGACUCUGGCGACCGCGCCGACGUCGAUUUUCUCAACUGUCAGCAACGUAACCGGAGAAAAACUGUGUUUGCUGAGGUUUCCCGGUGGACAGUACUGGUUAGCACUUUAUCACAUACAGAAAAUACUUGUAGGUUUCGUUUUGCCAAUGUCCAUCGUGACCAUCAGCUACAUCAUGCUGCUGCGUUUCGUCCGCAAUCGGAGUAUGAAAACAAGUAACCCCAAACGAAGAUCCCAAGUUACAAAAUCUAUCACCAUCGUCGUGUUGUCCUUCUUCCUCUGCUGGAUGCCAAACCAUGCCAUCACCUUGUGGAGCGUGCUGGUCAAACUUAACGCCGCAAACUGGGACAAAGCAUACUACAUAGUGCACACAUAUGUGUUCCCGCUGACCGUGUGCCUUGCGCACACCAACAGCUGCCUGAAUCCGAUUAUUUACUGCCUUAUGAGGAAGGAGUUCAGAAACAAACUGAGGGGUCUCAUACACAGAGGGUAGCAGUUUUAGGGAAUGAUCUGACCGUGUGACAAGACGCAGCGAGUGCGCACGGCAAAAGGGGCAUGCAGUGAGUGAGGAGCCCUGUCAGACGGCACAACGAGGACAAGAAACAUCAUGUAAAGAUAAUUUACUCGAUUCUGCUCAUGAAAAAUGUAACAUUUAUCAGCGCUUCUUGUCUUUAAACGCAUGCGUAAUGUGUCUGUUGUCUAAAGAGAAACCACUGUAUCCAGUUCAGGGCUUUACGCAUAGAGUGGAAUUGCUAAUUUUGUGCAAACGUGUGACAUUGCUUGAUAAAUAACCAUUAGGAGUUGGCGUAUCUCUAGUCUAAUGGCUACGUGCGUAAUUGCGCAUGAAAUUUAAACACGCGUUAGUGUGCUGGCGUUAUAACUGAGCAGGCAAAGUUGCUGAGCGCUUCUGUGAAUGUCAUAAUUCAUAAUGUAAAAAAGUGUACAAUAAGUGUGUUUACAAGACAAUCGUGGAUGCAAACAUGGCCAUGAAGAAAAGGGGGAGAGUUACCGGUCAUGUUUUUAAUUCAUGGGGUGCCAAAAUCAAGAGUUUGGGCACAGAAGACAACAAAAUGUAUGAAAUAUGAUUGUUGUAAAUACGCAAAAAGACUGUAUCCGUUAUGUGUGAUAAUAAAAACGUUUUGCUCAUAA